AUGGCUGCUGGACCUCAGGGCCCCUCAGCUGGGGUGCGGGGAGCAAAUGACCACCCAGAGAGCGACAAACGACGGCGGGUGGGGCGCGCAGAAGGUUCUGGCAGCUGGAGCGGCUUGUUGUGGGAAGUUGUAGCUCGCGUGCGUAACGGUUGUCGUCGCUGGGGUUAUUGUUUUGCCAUGGCCCGUGGGAACCAGCGUGAACUUGCCCGCCAGAAAAACAUGAAGAAAAGUCAAGAACUGAAUAAAGGAAAAAGAAAAGAGGAUGCUUUGUCAGCUUCUCAAAGGAAACAGAGAGACUCUGAAAUUAUGCAGCAGAAGCAGAAAGCAGCUGAUGAGAAGAAAUCUGUUCAGGGUGGAGCAAAAUAAUCUGUGGCUACACAAAGGACCUAAUACUGCUGCAAUGCAUCUCAAAAUAUAGGGCCUAAAAGAAAAAGAUAUUUGUAAAAGUAGCCAGCCAUUAAAUGGUUAAUGUUUAUCUUCUACUUGCUCACUUGUCCAGUAUGCAUUUAUUUUAGAACGUUUGGUUAGUAUAGUGCAGUUGCAGCUGACUUGGCUUAAAUGAAUUACUAGAAUCUUUUCCAAUAAAAUUGGAUUCUAAGUUCUUAAUUCCCUUUGCAUGUCUAUUAGUAAUGGUAGCAGUAGCUUGACUGCAGUUUUCAUUGUUAAAAUGUUGGCUCAGUAAAUGCCUUGUGUGACUGUACCAGUUAUUAAGUAUGCAAGUAGACUGGGAAACCUAUAUGGCAAAUCUGAACAACAUCCCAAAGUGAUGACACUUAAAAGCCCAGUUCUCUGUAUUUGCUUUCCACUUUGUAAAGGUCAGCUGUAAAGUUAUUCGUAAAUUAUUUUUACAAUAAAAUGUUGCAUGAAGUACUGUGUAGUUUGGGUACUCCAGGUUUUCAGUUGUUGCUGACAGUUUGGCACCAUUCUUAGUCCUUCAGUCAGCCUUCUUUCAUGUGUUUCAACUGCAGCCUGAGUACUUAACACCAUUCUUCAACAACUGCAAAGCAAGAUUCUCUAAUAUAUUUACUAUGUAAAACUACAAUUAAAAUCUGUAACUUGCAUGAAAAUAUAAACUACAUUUUCUUUUCACUAAA